AUGCCUGUCGCAGAUGUAGAAAUGGUAGGUCCGGAAGAAGCGUUGAUCUUGGAGAGGCAUCUCGGUGUCCAGAAACCUUUUUCUUGGGAACGAGCAGCUGCCAAGGAGGCCACUUCACGCGCCGCAGUCGAAGAGUCGAUGGGCAUAUCAUCAAAGGGAGCCGUCAUUACCUAUUCAACUGCCACAGAGGAAGCCAUGGUCUGGGAGAAAUCAACUACUACUGAGAAGUCGGCCUUUGCCCGGGACAAGCCAAUUCCAUCCAAGAAAUCAAACAUCUCGGCGCAGCCGACAUCUCUCAGAGACAAACAAAUACUAUGGGAAAAGGAGCACGUCGUCAAUAAGCCGGCGCCAUACCAGUCAAAGCCGCUAGCCUGGGAAAAGUCAAACUCCCCUAACAAGCCGACGCCAUACAAGUCAAAGCCUGUGACAGGGGAAAAUCCCAAUUCCUCUAACAAGCCGGCACCAUACCACUCAAAGCACUUGGCCUGGGAAAAGCCAAAAUCUUCUAAGAAGCCAAGUUUUGCACAAGAGAGGGCUUUGACACCAAAGAAAGCACCGACUCCGAACAUGUCACCCAUCCGAAGACAGGUCAAUACUCAGAUGAACAGAAGUCCGCUCAAGAAGGGAUUGGAUAUCGGCAAACAGAAGGUGUCGAACGAUGAAGAAAUGCAAGGCAUGGACAUUGACAGCAAGCCCGAGAAAGAUCAUCAAUCAAGCCUCAAGAAGUCUCGUUGGCGUAGGCAUAGAAAAUACCUGAGGUCCCUUCUCAGAGCUUUCUUUCAUCGUCUGCCAUUUCCUAUUGAAUAUGAUCACGGCACCGAGGUAUUCACGUGGAUUCUCUUUGGACUUUCUGUUCUUUGA